AUGGAGCCUUUAGCUCUCAAGCUGAUAAUGGUCCAAGGCCCGCGGGAGGGCGAAACCCUAGACUUCGGACCCGGAUCCAAGGUCCGAAUCGGUCGCGUCGUCCGGGGAAACAACCUCCCGAUCAAAGACUCUGGCAUUUCCUCCAAGCACCUCUCAAUCGAAUCCGAAUCAGGCAAAUGGGUGCUCCGAGACCUCGAAUCUUCAAACGGUACCCUGUUGAACGGCACCAAGGUCACCCCAAACACGCCCUUGGACCUCAGCGACGGCGACGAAAUCAAAAUCGGCGAGUACACCUCUAUCACCGUGAAGAUCGACGGCUACGAGGAGAGCCGGCUCAGACGAAACCCUAGGCGUGCCGCAGUCGCAGUAGUUGCGGAGACUACGGUGGGGUCGGUUGCACAGGGUCGGGGCCAGAGAGGUAGGGCUGCGAAGGAGAGGGAGGCAAAGCGCGAGUUGGAGAAAGAAAAUGCUGAGGCGAUUGAGGCCGUAGGGAAUCGAAGGAGGGGCCGACCACCCAAAGCUAGGGUUUUGAAGAGUGAGGUUGAAGAUGAGAAGCCGGUGGAGGAAAAUUUGGUUCCGGAAAUGAGUACGAGGCGAACUCGGAGCUCAAAGAAUGAGGAAUUGGGGAAGAUUCCAGAUAAUUCUGGUGUAGAUGGUGGAGAGGUGAAGAUUGAGCCGAAAAGGACACGUGGCGGUGCGAGGAGGAGGAAGAAUGUACCAGAGGAGCUACCGGUGUGUGAUAAACCUGAUGUUCCUGAGCAGAGAGAUUUGGGAGACUCUGUAAUAAUUGACGUGAAGGACGAUGAGGCUUCAAAAGGGUUGAAUUUUGAGGAAGAGAGACAUGAAGAGGCUGGUAAAGAGUUUAAUGUUAGAGGAGAGAGUGGUGAUAAGGUUGACAAUGGAAGUGCGAGUGGUGAUAAAGGUGAGAAUGGAAGUGGGAGGGGCGGCAAGGGUGACAAUGGAAGUAGUAGUGGUGUUAAGGGUGACAAUGGAAGUGGUAGUGGUGUUAAGGGUGACAACAGAAGUGGUAGUGGUUCAGGUGUUAAUGAGAGUUGUGACUUGGAGAAGAUGACACUUGGCCAGUGGUUUGAUUUUUUGGAGGUUCAUCUGCCGAAGCAGAUCAUUGAUGAGACGGAGGAGGUCAUUGGGGAAAUGGUAGAGAAAGCUAAGCGACUUCAGGAGUACAUGGCACAACAGAAGAAGAAGGGUCAUGUGCUUGUGGGCUAA